GAAGCACCAACAAGAUUCCAGUUGGAGAACAUAUUUAACAAAUUUGUCCAAUUUGAAGAAGCAUUUUCCAUGAAAGAUGCAACAAAAAUUAAUAUUCUUGCAAUAACAACUAAUGUUAAGCCGACGAUCAACUAUAUUACAAGACACAACAAACUAGACACUAGGAGGGAAAAUCACGCUUAUGGAUAUGAGUGGAAUGCCAAUGCGUGCAACUUUAUUUGGAGAUUUAGCUACAAAUGAAGGAUCAAUUCUUGAAGCAGAAAUCAAAUAUAAGCCUGUAAUAGCAUUAUCAGAUUUUAAAAUCUCUAUAUAUCAAGGGGAUACAAGCAUAUCGUCGCAAAUUAUUUUAACAUUAUGUAUCAACCCAAAAAUAGAACUAGCUAGCGAAUUAAGGAAAUGGUUUCAAUUGGAAGAAUCUGCAAAAGCAAAAGGAUCUCCAUCGACGCUUUUUAAAAAUGCCAAGGAAAUUCAUAUUAGUGAUAUUAUGCAUAAGUCACAAAAUUCGAUACAGGCACAAUAUUGCACAUUUAAGGUAAAUAUAACUACUAUUUUAAAUAGGCUCGAUCCAUGGUUCUAUGCUUGCAAAGGCUGUGACAAGAAGGUUGAUAAAGAUGUUAGUAAAGAGUGUCUAAAUGACAAAUGCCGCAGAAUCAUUGAUGACCCAAUACCAAGGUACUUAGUUAAGAUUCUCGUGGAAAAUGGCACGGAUAAUGCAAGAGUAACACUUUUUGACGUAGCAGAAACUCUUAUUGGAUGCAAAGCAGAAACAUUCAUUACAGAAAAGAAAGAGAAAAAUAAUCAGAGUCCAUAUUACCAAAAAUUUGUUUUGAGCAUCGGAAAAACAUUCAAAUUCCUGGUGAAGUUAGAUAAAAAGACAAAAGAUGAACGAGGCGAAGGCAAUAUAAUAGCACAAGAAAUUCAACUCCAGUCUGAUAUUACAAUCAACGUAGAUGAUGAAGAUGCUACUCUAGAGUUGCCUAAAAAAAAGAUAAAGCUACUGAGUGUGACAAACGAAGUGUACAAGUCGAUGAUAUUUUUAUCACAUCCAAAAGCAGAUGUGGUUCUUGGCUCAGAGAACCCCUUCCAUCUUUCAAGGCCUUGGAGACUCGGUCUUUUGGAGCAACUGAAGCAGAUCAUCAUUCCAGUCACGGCGAGGUGUGAAACCCCUCCUAUACCAUUGCCUAUGGAUAUCGGUGUUGACUCUGAUUUGCAUGACGUUAUAGUUUCUACAUCCACCUCCGGAAAGCAGGCUAUAUCGAUCUGGAAGAGGCUUGCUAGAGGGUCUGGGCAGCAGGGAUCCAAACAGAAAGAGAAGGGAGGCAAAUGUAAGAAAGAUUCUCUAAAGGAUCCUCCGGAUGUACAUGAGAACAGGGCACAAUUAGUGAUUUCUAGUCCAGAUUCUACUCUUGUUGAGGCGCACCCUGGUGGCAAGGGGCGCCAGGAGCCAUGA